AUGGCUAAAAUAAAAAUUAAUGACAACACUAAACACCGGGGAGAAUAUGGAGACAUCAUUGGAUCACAUGCAUUGCUGGCUGCAGGCACUUUGGGCAGAGUGAGGAGCAGCGCGAACGUUCAGCCGCGGGUCCAAAAGGAAACCGGGGAUCCUGCCGCCGCCUGUGCAGCCACGGUCAGGGACACGUGGUGCCCACCUAUCCAAAUCCGGGUGGGGAGCCACGCGCGGGGAGGAGGCGCGGCGGCCAGGUGGGAUCUGGUAAGGAUUCAGCAGAAGCGCUGGUGGCAGCGGGCCCGGGAGGCGGGCUCCAAAGGUGUGCCACAAGCCCCGAAGCUCCGGCACCCUCCGUGUCCCCCUCACGAGAUACACCUGGGCACGCAGCCAGAGUGCUGGAGACAUUGGGGAAGCUGUGAGGCCUCAGCUGCAUGCAUACGGCCAAGUUUGUUGGACACCUUCGAGUCCCCAGGCCUGGUGAACUACACUGUGGGUGAACCACUGCCGCACGGUUAAAUUUGAGCCUGGGCCCCUGCAAACCUGUGAGUUCUGGUUUGCAGCUGCAGGCUGUGCAGGAAGAAGCAGCACCCACACUUCCUUGUCCCAGUCUCGCGCUUCAUGCUCUUCCUGGGCGCCAGGAGCAUCAUGAUGUACCAAUCCCACACCCACCCAGCUCUGCACAGCUUCUGCAGCAGGCGCAGGGUGCAGAGUUUCCACGCGUUAGUCUCUCACCCCAGAGUUUACAGCGUCGCCUCACACUUCCUGGACGCGGGCACGCACUGCCUGGACGCGAGCACCGUG